UUUCUGCCUGUGGACGCUGCCGAGGAAGCAUCGUUAAAGUCUCUCUUCCCACUGCCGUCAUGUCUAAGUCAGAGUCUCCUAAAGAGCCUGAACAGCUGCGGAAGCUAUUCAUUGGAGGGUUGAGCUUUGAAACGACUGAUGAGAGUCUGAGGAGCCAUUUUGAGCAAUGGGGAACGCUCACAGACUGCGUGGUAAUGAGAGAUCCGAACACCAAGCGCUCCAGGGGCUUUGGGUUUGUCACAUACGCCACCGUGGAGGAGGUGGAUGCAGCAAUGAAUGCAAGGCCACACAAAGUGGAUGGAAGAGUUGUGGAACCAAAGAGAGCUGUUUCCAGAGAGGAUUCUCAAAGACCUGGUGCCCACUUAACUGUGAAAAAGAUCUUUGUUGGUGGCAUUAAAGAAGAUACUGAAGAACAUCACUUAAGAGACUAUUUUGAACAGUAUGGGAAAAUUGAAGUGACUGAAAUCAUGACUGACCGAGGCAGUGGGAAGAAGAGGGGCUUUGCUUUUGUUACGUUUGAUGACCAUGAUUCUGUGGAUAAGAUUGUCAUUCAGAAAUACCAUACUGUGAAUGGCCACAACUGUGAAGUAAGGAAAGCCCUGUCAAAGCAAGAGAUGGCUAGUGCUUCCUCCAGCCAAAGAGGUCGAAGUGGUUCUGGAAACUUUGGUGGGGGUCGUGGAGGUGGUUUUGGUGGAAACGACAACUUUGGCCGUGGAGGAAACUUCAGUGGUCGUGGUGGCUUUGGUGGCAGCCGUGGUGGUGGUGGAUAUGGUGGCAGUGGGGAUGGCUACAAUGGAUUUGGUAAUGAUGGAAGCAAUUUUGGAGGUGGUGGAAGUUACAAUGAUUUUGGCAAUUACAACAAUCAGUCAUCAAAUUUUGGACCUAUGAAGGGAGGAAAUUUUGGAGGCAGAAGCUCUGGCCCUUAUGGUGGUGGCGGCCAAUACUUUGCCAAACCACGAAACCAAGGUGGCUAUGGUGGUUCCAGUAGCAGCAGUAGCUAUGGCAGUGGCAGAAGGUUUUAAUUAUUCCCAGGAAACAAAGCUUAGCAGGAGAGGAGAGCCAGAGAAGUGAGAGGGAAGCUACAGGUUACAACAGAUUUGUGAACUCAGCCAAGCACAGUGGUGGCAGGGCCUAGCUGCUACAAAGAAGACAUGUUUUAGACAAUACUCAUGUGUAUGGGCAAAAAACUCGAGGACUGUAUUUGUGACUAAUUGUAUAACAGGUUAUUUUAGUUUCUGUUCUGUGGAAAGUGUAAAGCAUUCCAACAAAGGGUUUUAAUGUAGAUUUUUUUUUUUUUUGCACCCAUGCUGUUGAUUGCUAAAUGUAAUAGUCUGAUCAUGACGCUGAAUAAAUGUGUCUAUUUAAAAAAAAAAAAA